AAUUAGAGUGACGAAUGGCUUACCACUCGUACGUAACUCUUUUUUGGGCUUUCUACCUUUCAUACCUUCUAUCUCUUUCCAAUGCACAGAGUACAGCAAGCUUCAACUUGCCAGUUAAAGCUGUAAAUCUUGGAGCUUGGCUUGUUACGGAGGGAUGGAUGAAACCUUCUCUCUUUAAAGGAAUAAUUAACAAAGAUCUCUUGGAUGGAACUCAAGUUCAAUUCAUGUCUACGAAGCUGCAGACGUAUCUAUCAGCAGAAAAUGGUGGUGGAACCAAUGUUGUUGCGGACCGUACCUCGGCCUCCGGUUGGGAAACUUUCAGGUUGUGGAGGAUCGAUGAGUCUUCCUUCAAUUUUAGAGUGUUCAACAAGCAGUUCGUGGGGCUGGGAAACCAAGGAAACACAGUAGCAGUUUCAAAUGCACCUGGCGUCUCUGAAACAUUUCAAAUCAUUAGGAAAGAUGGUGAUCCAAACCGUGUUCGCAUUAAAGCAACAAAUGGGUUUUUCCUUCAGGCAACAUCAGGAGUGUCGGUAACUGCUGAUUAUGGAGGCUCAGGUUGGGAAGAUAGUAAUCCCUCGGUCUUCAAAAUGACCAUAGUCAGGACCUUGCAAGGCGAAUACCAAGUCACAAAUGGUUAUGGCCCAGAUAGAGCCCCUCAAAUUAUGAAGGAUCACUGGAACACUUAUAUCACUGAAGAGGACUUCAGUUUCAUGUCAUCAAAGGGUCUGAAUGCAGUCAGAAUUCCAGUUGGGUGGUGGAUUGCACAAGAUCCGACACCACCAAAGCCUUUUGUUGGGGGCUCUCUGGAAGCCUUGGACAAUGCUUUCACAUGGGCUCAGAAAUAUGGGAUGAAAGUAAUUGUUGACCUGCAUGCAGUUCAGGGAUCACAAAAUGGAAAUGAUCACAGUGGGACAAGAGACGGAUAUCAGGAAUGGGGAGAUUCCAAUAUACAGGAUACGGUGGCAGUCAUAGAUUUCCUAGCAAAAAGAUACGCCAACAAUCCAAGUCUUGGGGCAAUUGAGCUAAUCAAUGAACCUGUUGCACCGGGUGUGACCCUAGAUAACCUUAAAAAAUAUUACCAAGCAGGUUAUGAUGCUGUAAGAAAGUACACAUCAAGCGCUUAUGUGAUCCUCUCAAACCGACUGGGACCUGCAGAUCCUAAAGAGCUCCUCUCAUUUGGUGGAAACCUCAAUCGUGUAGUCAUCGAUGUGCAUUACUACAAUCUCUUUUCAGAUACGUUUAGCCAGAUGAAUGUACAACAGAACAUCGAUUACAUCGACAACCAGCGAGCUUCAGAACUCAGCACAGUGACAACUUCCAAUGGCCCCCUCAGUUUUGUUGGGGAAUGGACGGCAGAAUUUGCGUUUAAUGGGGCAUCAAUGCAAGACUACCAAAGAUUUGCACAAGCUCAACAAGCGGUGUACGGGAGUGCCACUUUCGGAUGGGCGUACUGGGCUUACAAGUGUUCACAGAACCAUUGGAGCCUCAGGUGGAUGAUAGAGAACAACUAUAUAAAGCUCUAGAUUCCUGCACUGACAACUUGCUUAUCUAUCUGCUUGAUCAGAUUUCCCUUGUAAGGUUUAAAUAAAGCCAUAUCUUGGCUUAGGCAAUAAUGCUUUUUAUACUGAGGAGGGCGGAAGUACAAUGUAAUAUUUAUAAUAAGAAAGUAAAACGUUCCAAGCUUUGGCAUUUGACAUGCUCUUUAGUGAUACUAAA